UUUUGUUUAGAGAGCUUGAAACAAACAUGGAAGCAGGUGAUAACAAUUCAAAGGAAAGCCUCCUAGUGAAGAGAAAAGUAGAUGAAGAAGAGACAUUAAGAGACCAGCUAUGGCAAGAGACCAAAAAAAUGUGGGUGGUGGCUGCUCCAGCCAUCUUCACUCGAUUCUCAACUUUCGGCAUUAACAUCAUAAGUCAGGCGUUUAUUGGCCACAUCGGUGCCACUGAACUCGCCGGUUAUGCUCUCGUCUCCACUGUUAUUUUGCGAUUCGCUAAUGGUAUCCUGUUAGGAAUGGCAAGUGCAUUAGAGACUUUGUGCGGUCAAGCAUACGGAGCAAAGCAAUUCCACACCCUUGGCAUUUAUCUUCAAAGAUCAUGGCUCGUCUUGUUCAUGUGCACGUUUUGCCUCGUCCCGGUUUUUAUAUUCGCGGCUCCAAUAUUGAAACUUUUAGGCCAAGAAGACACUAUAGCCAACAUGGCCGGGAUUAUAGCAUGUUGGCUAAUCCCGGUUAUUUUCGCUUUCAUCUUGUCUUUCACUUGUCAAAUGUUUCUUCAAGCACAAAGCAAGAACGUUAUCAUUUCUUACUUGGCCGCAUUCUCACUCACUGUACACAUAUUCCUAUCGUGGCUUUUAACUGUGAAAUUCAAGUUUGGGAUUCCCGGGGCGAUGAUUUCGACCAUCUUGGCUUAUUGGCUACCUAAUGUCGGCCAAAUCAUUUUCGUCACUUGUGGUGGUUGUAAAGACACUUGGAAUGGAUUUUCGUGGUUGGCUUUUAAGGAUUUGUUACCUAUUAUAAAACUCUCCUUAUCAUCAGGUGUCAUGCUAUGUCUCGAGCUUUGGUACAAUACAGUAUUGAUUCUAUUGACGGGGAACUUGGAGAACGCCGAGGUUGCCAUUGAUGCACUCUCUAUAUGCAUCAAUAUUAAUGGAUGGGAAAUGAUGAUUUCUCUUGGUUUCUUGGCUGCAGCAAGUGUGCGAGUAUCGAAUGAGCUUGGAAGAGGAAGUUCAAAAGCUGCAAAGUUCUCGGUUAUUUAUAUAGUCGUGACUUCUUUUAUGAUCGGGCUUGUGUUAUUUACGGUUUUCUUGUUCUUGCGUGGACGACUGGCUUAUAUAUUUACGAAUAGUGAAGAAGUGGCGGCUGCAGUUGCAGAUUUAUCGCCUUUAUUGGCUUGCUCUAUAUUGCUUAACAGUGUUCAACCAGUUUUGUCGGGUGUGGCGGUUGGAGCUGGCUGGCAAAGUAUUGUUGCUUAUGUUAACAUUGUUUGUUAUUAUUUGGUGGGGAUUCCGGUUGGUGUGGUGCUAGGCUAUGUUUACAAUAUGCAAGUAAAAGGUGUUUGGCUUGGUAUGUUGUUUGGUACAUUUGUUCAAACAAUUGUCCUACUUAUUAUUACAUUAAGAACUGAUUGGGAUAAACAGGUGUUAAUAGCUCAAAGGCGUGUUAACAAAUGGUUUGUUGUGGAGCCGUCGCAAGAGAACCGACAAGAUGCUUGACCAAAUGUUUGGGUUGGUGUCUUUCAUUUGAGUUUAGAAUGAUUUUGUUAAUCAUCUAAGUUGUAUUGUUCAUCACCUUUUUCUGGUUAAAUUUUUCGAAUUAAUUUUUUAGUAUUUAAU